AUGGUAACACUGACUGUCACUGCAGGUUCAUACCCCCUCCAGGUAACCAAUCAGCAUAAUUUCUUGGUGGUAAACUCGCCCUCAUCUUACAACGUGAUCAUAGGACGACCAACACUCAAUCGCUGGAAAGCAACUACUUCAACAUACUGCUUGAAGGUAAAAUUUCCAACGAAACAGGGGGUCGAAGAGAUAAAAGGGGACCAGGUGUUGGCACAAGAGUGUUACCAGGCUGUCCUAGCUUCAAAAAAGAACCAUACGUGGACAAUCGAGGAAAAAACGCCAGAGAUCAUUGAGAAGCUAGAAACGAUAGAGCUAGUUGAGGGAAGUCUAGGGAAGACGACCCAAAUAGGGACAACCCUAAGUCUCGAGGCGAAGGAAGGGAUCAUCAACUUCCUAAAAGAUAACCUUGAUGUGUUUGCUUGGAGUCAUGAGGAUAUGCUAGGGAUCCCAGCAAGCCUCAUCCAACAUCGCCUGAAUGUAGACCUAGGGAAGAAGCUCGUCCAGCAGAGAAGAAGAGUCUUUGCCCCCGAACGAAACAAAGCAAUAAUGGACGAGGUAAAUAAACUACUUGCUGCCAAUUUCAUUCGAGAAGUUCAUUACCCUGAAUGGUUGGCCAACGUGGUCAUGGUCAAGAAAGCAAAUGGGAAGUGGAGAAUAUGUGUCGACUUCACAGAUCUUAAUCAGGCCUGCCCAAAGGAUAGUUUUCCCUUACCCAGAAUUGAUCAGCUGGUAGACUCCACUGCCGGACAUAAACUCCUCACGUUUAUGGACGCAUUUUCUAGAUAUAACUAG